CAGGCUGGGGCCACGUCAAUGUGGGCUUCAUGUUGUGGUCUGCUGAAUGAAGUAAUGGGUACUGGGACAGUGCGUGGCCAGCAACCUGGGUUUAGUGGAGGUACAGGUCCGUUCAGAUUUGCCCACAGCACAGGAUACUCUUCAUAUCCCUCACCAAUGCCAGAAGUCCAAAAUAUAGUCUGUAAAGGCUGCGGACAGGCCUUUUCUCUUUUUAGGAAGAAGUAUGUAUGUAAGGACUGCAAGAAGAAUUUCUGUUCGUUCUGUUCAGUAAUGCAAGAAAGUCUACGAAGAUGCUAUACGUGCCAAGUGUUACAACAGACUUCCUUCCAGCGUAAUGAGCUUAUGAAAAUAAAGGUUAAAGAUCUACGCCAGUAUCUAACCUUAAGAAAUAUACCCAUAGAAACAUGUCGUGAAAAAGAGGACUUAGUACAGCUUGUAUUGAGCCAUCAUGAAUCAGAUGCUGAUGGAUCAGACACAGAGAAUAUUCGUUCACCAAGGUCUGAGAGUUCACAAUUUUAUACUACCCCUCCUUCCUCUGCAUCAGCAUCAGCAGCAUCAUCUUCUCAGGGGAUUUCCUCCAAUGAAAGACCCACCUCAGGAACUCCAAACAUGCAUCAGGCAAAUGAAAUCAUUCCACCCAAAAAAACAAGAGCCUCAUUGUCAGACCUAUCCAGUACUGAAGAUAUUGAAGCAUUGACUGUUCGUCAGCUGAAGGAAAUACUGGCACGCAACUUUGUCAGCUUUUCAGGGUGUUGUGAAAAGUGGGAAUUAGUGGAAAGAGUGAAGAGAUUAUUCAAAGAAACAGAAGAAAAUCGCAAGUUCUUGGAAAAUGGAAAUAACCCAGAUGUAGCUGCAGUUGAAGAACAGCUGCAGUUCAGCAGUGACGAGAAUCUCUGCAGGAUCUGUAUGGAUGCAGUGAUCGAUUGUGUUCUCCUCGAAUGUGGUCACAUGGUCACUUGCACUAAAUGUGGAAAGCGCAUGAACGAAUGCCCUAUUUGUCGACAGUAUGUUGUACGGGCAGUACAUGUCUUUAAAUCUUAAACUUGGGAGGUGUUUGAAUGAAAGAAGUUGGCUUUUCCUGUGGAUACAUGAAACUUGAUGGAGAAACAUUUUAUGACCAUAUCAAUGACUGUAAUUUGUUGUAGCCAUUUUGGAUAGUGUUAGUGGAAUGGAAUUUUUUAAAUUUACUAACAGUUAUCAUUACUUAUUACUGGGAGCCUUAAAGAUAUUAGAGUUAAACAUGUUAAGGUGCAAACAAAAAAUUACUGACUUAUCAUCACUAAGUCAGAGACUAAAUGAAGGAUAUGCUGGGAAAAAAAAAGCAAAGAUUCUAUUUUAAACUUUUCACAUCGUUUUUAUAAGUCUCCUAAAACAUUUGCCAUUUAACAGAUUAAUGUGUGAUAGUGUAGCUAUUAACUGUGGUGCAUGCUUGCUCUCUCUGAAUUGAGCAUUUAGCAGUACCCAAUAUGAGAACAGAAAGGAAACCUCAAUCUUUCUUAAUUUACUUCCAACUAUCUUUUCUUCUUUUUGAUUUCUGUACUUUUUGUACAUGUUUUUAAAUUCAUUUUGACUAAUAAAGAACUUAUUGGAAUAGCAAUUCUCAUUCAA